AUGUCUAAUCAGAAUCCUUCUUCUCCGACAUCAGUCCACCUCUAUUCUCCACCUUCUUCAAGUGCGCCUCAAGCCACAACUUUACCGACCACCACUCAGCAGUCAUCCACCAGACACCAAUCGACUCCCCCUGGUCCUUAUGAUUGUCGUUCGAACAAGUGUAAAAACGGAGGAUCUUGUGUAAUCCCUGGUUAUUUUUGCGAGUGUCCGAAGUAUUACGUUUGGGACCUCUGCCUUGUUUAUGUUGGUUCAAGCGCCGUAGAAGUAGAGGUAAAUCUUCAAAACGAGAAACAAUGGAUAGCGUAUAACUUCAAAGCAGCAGUGGCAAAGGCUUGCUCGAAUUUUUUUUGCGGGGAUGAGGAAUGUGGAAGUAAGUCGAAACAAGAUAGUCAUUCAGAAAAGGAAAAGAAAUUCCUGGCUACCGACGCUAAAAUACUCGGACUUUCCAUUGGCGGAGAAAAUACUUUGAAAGUAGAAGUAGCCGUUUUAUUUCCAUCUGUGGAAGGCCAGGUUCCUCAACCCUUACCUCGUGCUACACUCGAACAAAUACUCCAAAAAAAUGAAGAAAGUCUUGGGGAAGCCAUUGGAGGCACAAUCAUCAGGAUCGGCAAACGACAAGUAGAGAACCCAACAAAUAGUGAAAGGUCUACUCCAGAUAAAGAAACGUCGAACGUGCCAAUUGUCGCUGGUUUGGGAAGCACUGUUGUUGUGUUGGUGCUAAUUGUGGCAUUCUUCGUUUAUCAAAUGAGGCGGAAAAGAAAUAAUGCAGGGAAAAGGACAGACGAAAUCUAUUUGGACAGUGACUUUGUACGCCCCAGAACCAAUUCUAUGGUUGCAUUUGAAAACCUAGGAUAUUAUGCGGAAAACCCGAUGCAUGAAUCAAUCCACAGAAGUGGAUCGGUGGUAUCCAGACAAGAGCCAGUCAAUGGGGUUGGAUCCUUGGAAAACAACAGCGCAACACAGGAGGCACCCGAAAAAACGUUCCUGAGUAAUCCAACCUAUGGUUUGCCAUUCGCUGAAGAUCCUGCAAUCAUAGAAGAUUCUGAAAAUCGUUAUGCCACUGUUGAGCAGUAGAAGACAGAGCCAUAGGUGAAAAAAUCCUUGGUGACUGAUGAAGUUAGUUAUAGAAGUUGUAGAAAAGUACAAAGGGGAGUGAUAGUAACAUGCUUUUGCGAAAGUGAAUUGGGUUUCCCUGGCAAUUGCACUUCGUUGUUUACUUCUGAAGAUAAAUCUAAUCAACGGCUCUAGCUACAGAAAACCUGCUGGAGUUGAUAUUUCCACAACACUCUUAUCGGCUUCAGAGAAAAAAGCGAACUUUCGGGCUCGAUCUUUGAAUUAAGGAAGAUACUUUCAGUUCCUUUUGUCGCCGCGAACUUGGCGCAAAUCUUCAUUGUCAUCAGUUUCCCUCCCAAAAACCGACGAAAGUGCAUAUUUUUCCAGCGACAUUGCCAAGGUAAAAUUGUUAGUGUGAGUUUUCCUUUUAUAUCUCUUUAGUUUGCCUUUUGAUCUUUCUUUAGGUAGGAGAAGUACAGGGCCACAACAAAAAUCUGAUUUGUAUAGAUUAUCGCAAUAACUAAUUUUUUUUAAAACAGUACGUUGAAGCUGCGCUUUAAAACUGAUCCAGUUCUUGGCGGCGGUAGAACUAUUUUGAGUGUCUACUCAGAAAAAUUGUGCGUAGUCUUUGUUUAGCACUAGCUUCAGCACAAUUACUGCUGUCCACAUAACGGCUUCUGUUGGAGAUACUUUGAAUGUCAUUACCUCUUGAAUGUUUGAGGAAGAUCUCCCUUGCUCUCUUUUUUAUAUGCAAUAGUUGUGGGUUAUCAGGUAGCAAAGUAGAAAGAAUUAGGAAUUAAUCGUAGUACUCUUCCUGCAAUUCAUGAUAUUCCUAACCACAGUGUUGCAAUUUGAAAUUGUUAUAUGCACCUUUCUGUUUUGUUGUUAUAAUAUAUUUAUUCGACUUUUGGCUUUUGAGUCGAAUACGUUUUUCUCUUUUUAAUCAAACGAUUUUUUUUUUCAUUCUUAUCAUAAAAUUUACAAUUUCCUUUAUUGUGACUGGUUUAAAAACUCAAAUCAUUUUCCACAGUUGUUAUCGGACAGUCUGUUAUUGGACAGUUUAAUUAUCAAAUUACAUUCAAUGUUGUAGUUUAAAUCAAAUUUCUCCUUUCCUUCACAACUUGGCUAUAUUAUUUUUCUCGGGAAAUAUAAUUUUUAUUGUUUUUUAUUGUAAUUAUACUCAUGAUAAAUAAAUCGGACUCUCACUGCUCGGUCGUCUGAUUUUGUUAUUACUCGUAUGAUUGGAUACCAAAUUUGUCUCCACUCAGACCAGUUAUCAUUUUUUACAGAUAUUCAUUCAUGGUGUGAAACCCUCUGAUUGAGCGGAAUGAAGUUUCUUGAGAUAGUUGAAUGUCGUAAACAAUUAGAUAUUUUUUUAUCAUUUUAUACAUAUAAUCACACUUAGAGAGAAAAGAAUAAAGAUCAAGGGUUAAUCAC